ACGGACUGCCCCUUCAAACUCCACAAAUAAACAAGUUUGAGUGUUGGAGACCGUUGAUUUUUGCGGGGGACAGAUGGCAUUCUCAAGUUGCAAGCUGGUGGGCGGCGGUUCGCUUCCUUCGGCAGUCGGAGAGAACCAGUUACCCUGGAAGCGCUCGGUGACGACAACCCCGAAGAGAGCUCUUCCUCUUCAGGUGAGAAGUGAGGGAAAACGCAAAAUAGAAGCUCCAAAAGCCUUUGGCGUUUCACGAAGAGAUUUGAUGUUAUGUUUGCCUGCUGGGACACUGGCAGCAGCCACUCUUUUUCCUAUAAAACCUGCAGAAGCGCGCAUUGUCAAGCCCGAGAUCAGGAGGAAAAUUCAAGAGAAGUUUGAGAAGAUCAGGGAACAGUUUGGGUUGUCAAAGCCAAAGACCAAUGAUGGGAAAGAGCCAUACCCAUCACCACCAUCGUCGGAGGAGAAAAAGCCUCAAACUUUGCCCCCUGCACCACCUCAAAAUGCUCAAGGAAGCCUGCUUGUACCACCAGUGGAAGCAAUUCUGCCUUGAGAUGGUAAUUCUUCUCUGAUAAAUGGUCAUUCAUUCCAUUGUUGGGGUUGUUGAACGUUGGCUGCCUAAUAGUUUUGUUGAGACAGUAGAGCAUGACACUUGUUGAAAGUUUAUGCUUCUGUAGAAUUUUAAUUUGCCUCUGUUAAUUCAGAACUUGGGAUCAAGAUUUCGUUGUUGAAUAUCAGUAAUAAACCUAUGAGUGCAUGAUCAUUUUUGCUCCUGGCUA